UAAUAAGGAAGAUAUUACCUUGAUAACGAAAAUUGGCUCCAGUACUAGUAGGGUACGGUGGUGAACAGCGGGUGGACGUAAAGCGCAUGGAAAAACCAGAGGGGGCAGAUCUGCCGCAUAGCCGACGAAAACUCGUCUGAUUCUCAUCAGACGCGACGCGUCCGCGAUCACGUACGGUGCACUAUACAAGAAAACCAGAAGGUGGGUCUACCUUAUAGAAAUUAAAACCAACUAAUCGGACCUGCCGCGUGCGAAUUUUCCAUGCAGCGAGGGUGGAGACAACACGUCCGAAGUGACUGACUGCAACGUGUUUAGCUGAAACACAUGGUCCGGUGAUCGUGAUCAUGAUUGCAAAUCGUCUCGCAUCGAUCGUCACCCUCGUCCUCGUGGUACUGCUGUCGACUAUUCAUCACGGAGAAGCAAUAAUAUGUUACCAAUGCAACAGCGAAUACGAUCCAAGGUGCGGCGAUCCGUUCGAUUCGUACAGUCUUGGAACCGUGAACUGCAGCUUUCAACCACGCUUGGAACAUCUAAGCUUCCUGGAACCAACUCUUUGUCGAAAGAUCAGCCAAAGAGUGUACGGCAAGAUCAGAGUGGUCAGAGGUUGCGGAUAUAUUACGGACGAGAGAGACAAUGCCGACUGUAUGCUGAGAUCAGGCACUCACGACGUUCAAGCAAUAUACUGCUCAUGCACCGGUGAUCUCUGUAAUUCGGCCGAAAGCCACACGCCGUCCUUCUUAUUGCCGUUGACGUCUAUGUUAACGGUUGUCCUGGCGAUGCCCAGUUUACUUCUUUCGUACCCGUUUGCAAUACCCAUCUUAACCUCGCCGCACUUUUCCAUAGCCUAAACUCCUCCAGUCACCAGCAGAUGACACUUAACGCCUAAAACCGAAUUAACGAUUCAAUAGAAAACACUGUUCGGAUCCGGGACAACUCGUUUUCGUCUGAUUCCUUGCACACUCGAGAUCAAAACGCCGCGCGUAUAGGUUAGAUCGCGAUCGACUUUAGAGUAAACGACUUUCAUCGAAUAAUCGAUCGAUCUUACAAAAAAUUGAAAUUUAAAAAGUUACAGAUUUCGUUAGUUCUUUUAAGUUAUUCUUAACGUGCAAUAAUUUCUAGUGAAAUGAGAUACAGGAAACGAGACUGAUAACGAGUUGUACAUAAUUACAGCUCUUAUCACUGUUAUUUUUAAAAAGAUAUGCUGGACGGUAAGCGCUUUAUGCGCUUGUGUAUACCGGGAUUCAAACAGUUCGCAGAAGUAGUCAAAUUACAAAAUAGUAGUUCUAACGGUGAUACAAACUGCCAGAUACGCGAGAGCGUACUUCAGUAGUACACUACAAAAAGAUUUAAAUGGGAAGAAAAAAAUACACAUAUUCGGCCUCCGCACGUGAAACCACUCAGUGUCUCUCGCAUAAGCAUAGAAAGUAAAAAAA